UCGCAGUGUGUCACAACNGCGGAGGCGGCCGUAUCUGGAGCAGUUGGGGUGGGCAGGCCCAGCUGGGAGGCGAGCGGGCGAAGAGAGCGGCCACGAUGAGGGAAUGCAUAUCGGUCCAUGUGGGUCAAGCUGGAGUUCAGAUUGGCAAUGCCUGCUGGGAGCUCUUCUGCUUGGAGCACGGCAUCCAGGCGGAUGGAACCUUCGGCACUCAGGCCAGCAAGAUCAACGAUGACGACUCCUUUACCACCUUCUUCAGUGAGACUGGCAAUGGGAAGCACGUGCCCCGGGCUGUCAUGGUGGACCUGGAGCCUACUGUAGUAGGUGAGAACUGGNCAANAGAGCUCUCUGCUGGAGACAGCAAAGGGGUUUGUCUGGACUUCUUCAUUUGGUGUGUGUGUGUUCAAGACUCUUCCCAAUUUCUCCUUGUUUCUGCCUCUCUCCAGACUGAUGCCUGCUCCGGCUUGCAGGGCUUCCUCAUCUUCCACAGUUUUGGUGGGGGCACAGGAUCUGGCUUUACUUCUCUGCUGAUGGAGCGCCUUUCCCUUGACUACGGCAAGAAGUCCAAGCUGGAAUUUGCCAUCUACCCAGCCCCCCAGGUCUCCACAGCAGUGGUGGAGCCUUACAACUCCAUCCUGACCACCCACACCACCCUGGAACAUUCCGACUGUGCUUUCAUGGUGGAUAACGAAGCCAUUUACGACAUAUGCCGCAGGAAUCUGGAUAUUGAACGCCCCACCUAUACCAACCUCAACCGCCUCAUCAGCCAGAUUGUGUCCUCCAUCACUGCCUCUCUCCGCUUUGAUGGCGCCCUCAAUGUGGACCUCACAGAGUUCCAGACCAACCUGGUACCCUACCCCCGAAUCCACUUCCCACUGGUCACUUACGCCCCCAUCAUUUCUGCUGAGAAAGCCUACCACGAGCAGCUGUCUGUGGCAGAGAUAACUAGCUCCUGCUUCGAGCCCAACAGCCAGAUGGUGAAGUGUGACCCACGUCAUGGCAAAUACAUGGCCUGCUGCAUGCUCUACCGUGGUGAUGUGGUACCUAAGGACGUGAAUGUCGCCAUUGCUGCCAUCAAGACCAAGAGAACUAUUCAGUUUGUUGACUGGUGUCCCACAGGCUUCAAGGUGGGCAUCAACUACCAGCCGCCUACUGUCGUGCCAGGAGGGGACCUGGCCAAAGUCCAGCGAGCCGUCUGCAUGCUGAGCAACACCACAGCAAUCGCAGAGGCCUGGGCCCGCCUUGACCAUAAGUUUGACCUCAUGUAUGCCAAGCGGGCCUUUGUACAUUGGUAUGUUGGAGAGGGUAUGGAAGAAGGAGAGUUUUCUGAGGCCAGGGAGGACCUGGCUGCCCUGGAGAAGGAUUAUGAAGAAGUGGGGACUGAUUCGUUUGAAGAAGAGAAUGAGGGGGAGGAAUUUUAAAUAUACACUUGCCCCGUGA